GAAAGAAGUAAUUUGCGUUUGGAAAGAUUGAACUGGAAUAUCUUCAAGCAUAUAGACAGCCGUUAACUUAUUUGAGUACAGUAUUCCAUCCUAUUGAUCAUGUUUUUGAGUUGUUUGUUGUUGUUUUAAUACACUGUUUACCUCUUUACUCCAAACAACUCUAUUUCAAGACAUGACGUCACCUACUGAGCUACCUCAUUUUGACGUUGUUAGUAAUGGAGAGACAUUUCACCUGGAAGGCCGUCUCUGCAACCUUUCUGCUUUUUCUCAUGUGUCUUCACAUAGGGAUCUGCCGAAAGAGAGAACCUUUUUCAAUUCUCCUGUGAAGAAACAAGGAAAUGUUUGUUUAUAUGAUUCAAUCUUUUCUAAAGAAGAUGAUUUUAAUCCAAAACUUCAUCGAAGUGACCGCAUACAUGAUAAGCUCUUUGGAUUGAACAUACAUGAAGAAGAAAAAAGUAAACCUGUACCAUCAUUGUCAUCAUCUGAAUAUGGACAUCAUUUGAAUAAAACACUCGAAAAUCGUGAUCGUCAACAUGCUCGAAUUAUGUUGGUAGAAAGUCAAUUUUAUCGUCGUAAUGGAAUCGAUUUGUAGUCAUUCUUAGUAAUAAUAACAAUUAAUACACUUAUUCUAGUGGAUUCAGUCAAUAUAUAAAUAAAACUGAUUAGUAUUAUUUCAUUUGGUUAUGUAAUUAAU